CUUCCUUUAUUUAAAUAAACCUCAUUAUCACAAAGCUGUGUAAGGCGGCUGGUGGUGCUGGAUGCGAGUCUCACUCUUCAGCGGAUCUUUUAGCCAUUAAUGAUUCAUUAUGUGAAGACCACAGCGUCCCCGGGGAAGAGAACAACUAUCGCCUCCACAUGAGGCUCGGGGAUAAAAGCCACUGCUACUGCAGCCCGUCCGCUGUUUUUUUUUUUUUUUUUUACGGGGACUCGUCGCCUCCGCAGGGCAGAUGAGUCAGAGAACCUCCUGGUGUUCAGCACCGGGGAGCUGUCCGUGGUUUUGAAUCCUCUUGACGCAAGACAACAGGCUUCUUGGGCGCCUAAGACCACAUGAGAGUCAUCUGAAGGGGGGGGGGGGGGGGGGGAGGGGGGAAGGAUUAGACUUAACUGAAGACAAGGAAAUAACUUUUACCACUUUGUCACUUUGUCUCUCGUCGGGAUGCUUCCUGCUCAAGAAGCGGCCAAGAUCUACCACACCAACUACGUGCGCAACGCCCGGGCCAUGGGCGUCAUGUGGCAGGUGUUCACCGUCACCUUCGCGGUCAUCAUGGUGGUGGUGUUCAUCCAGCCCUACUGGAUCGGGGACAGCGUGAACACGCCGCAGGCCGGCUACUUCGGCCUGUUUCACUACUGCAUCGGGAACGCGCUCACCUCGGAGCUCACCUGCAAAGGGAGCGCGCUGGACUUCGGCUCCAUCCCGUCCGGGGCCUUCAAGACGGCCAUGUUCUUCGUGGGGAUCUCCAUGCUGCUGAUCGUGGGAAGCAUCGUCUGCUUCAGUCUCUUCUUCUUCUGCAACGCCGGGAGCGUCUACAAGAUCUGCGCCUGGACGCAGCUGGCCUCCAGUACGUGCAUGGUGAUCGGCUGCAUGAUCUACCCCGACGGCUGGGACUCGGAGGAAGUGAAGCGCAUGUGUGGCCAGCGGACUGACAAAUACACCCUGGGUAACUGCACGGUGCGCUGGGCCUACAUCCUGGCCAUCAUCAGCAUCAUGGACUCGCUCAUCCUGUCCUUUCUGGCCUUCAGCCUGGGCAGCCGGCAGGACAAGCUGCUGCCCGAGGACUUCCAGGUUGAAGGGAAGGAUAACGCAUAGAUCUGUGGUGAACACAAAGAGGAGAUGCAACCAACUCAACACUGAAAUAAACUCCCAAAGAGUUUACCGGCGGCCUCGGCGAAAAACCUUCAUGUCCUUCCAGAAACGACUCCAACAAAGCGAAGGUUUUCCACUGACCUCUGGCUUCACUAUAGACCUGCUGUAGCUUUGUGGACUUCUACCAAGAAGUUUUACUUUCGAUUGAAAAUUAGGUCAAAACCUCUCAAAAGUUUAACCGGACAGCGCAAUCAACUAUCCACUAUAAAUAUUUAAUGACAUUAAAUUGAUCAAUGUCAUAUUUUUGGGGGCGAUUUCACUGAUGUAUUGAGGAUUUCUCUUUGAAGACGAAAGACCUGCUUGUUGUCGGUCGAAAGCUUUAGCUUUCCACAGAUUAGAAAAAAAACCCAUUAAAAAUAAAAUCAGAUCCUAGUCACAAACACAAUUUGUGUUUACGAGAAACACAAAUUCCCCAAGAUUUCUAAGCGUUUCUUCUGGUCAGAAGAAAGAUUUUGGUAAAAUAAAGUUAAACCUAAAUCCCAAAAGAUUUUGAAUUAUUUUGGGCUUAAUUGAAUUUCUAAUUACAAUAAUAUGUAUUUAACUUUCCAACCUUUUAUAUGAUUAGGACUUGUUUUAUUGGCAGAGUGCAGAAGUCUGCACAGUUUCUGAAUUUGUUCACAUUUUGUCUUGCGUCAGCCACAAGGAGGAGCUGUACAGAUCCACAGCUCAGGUGGGGAAAAAUUAUUAGCAGGAAAAAGUUUUAGGUGUCCAAAGCUGGUAGAGAUGCAAUAUUUCACAGCAUAAAUGCACACCAAAAUAAUCUGAGUGCUAUUUGUAAAAACUUAGGGAAAUGUCUUUCAACAUUAUGUUAUUCUACUACUACUCUUUGUUGGGCUAUCACAUUAAAUACUACAGAAUACACUCACGUUUGUUGUGAGUGCACUGAAUUUUGUUUUUGUUGCAAGGAGUUACUAAAAACCUUCAGCUUACAAGGCAAACUAAUUUGGAAAAGUGUUUAUUCUUAUAUUCUACAGGAAGAAAUAAAGACGGAAGACAUGGACGUAAGAAACUUGCAUCAUUAAACAUGUGACAGCUGUGAAGAAAGUCAAAGCAAUAAAAUAACAUCUGCAAUUAGUACAAUCUUUUGUUAAACCAGCACAUUCAUGGGGAGGGAGGGGGUGGAAGUCUUGCACAGUAGAAGCUAAAUUUAUUGCCUGAUCACAGAGAAUGAAAACGUUUUUAAGCCCUUCAGAUAAAGUCUCCUUUGCUACUCAGUGUCUUGUUCAGAACCUGCGUCAAGCCAAACUCUUUGGUACAAUGUACUGAACGCCGGUUGCUUAUCCAUUUGUGGCUGGAUUCCAAGUAUACCAGCGUUUAAAAACCAUCUGCAGAGAUGUCCAUCCAGAAGUAAAAAAAUCUAAAUAAAAAUCAGUUUCACACUCAAACUCUGAGAAAAUGCAAAGUAUUGCAGAACCUUGACAAUACCUCAAGGAGGG